CAUGCUCCAUUUUAAUUCACUUGUUGGUUAGCUUGUGAGUGGUGUUGUGGUUGAGACAUCACCCCAUGUGAAAAGUGAAAUAAAUAACUUAAAAAUACAAAAAAAUAUAAAAAAUCAUUGAAAACACAAAAAAAUCGAAAAACAUUUGAAAACAAGGAAAAUAGCUAACGAUAUUUUUUAUAUUCAUGUUCCUUGCAUCUGUGUAGUUGUAGUGGCUCGACUGAAAAAUGAAUCCUGCUGCCGCGAAUUAUCCCAUGGCGUCUCUGUACGUCGGGGAUUUACAUUCUGAUAUUACCGAAGCUAUGCUUUUCGAAAAAUUUUCCACCACUGGACCUGUGCUCUCAAUUCGCGUCUGCAGAGACUUGGUUACACGGCGGUCUUUAGGUUAUGCCUAUGUGAAUUUCCAACAGCCUGCAGAUGCUGAGCGUGCCUUGGACACCAUGAACUUUGAUUUGGUCAGGGGUCGGCCAAUUCGUAUUAUGUGGUCCCAGAGAGAUCCCUCUUUGAGGAAGUCAGGUGUUGGCAAUGUUUUCAUCAAAAACCUGGAUCGUUCUAUUGACAACAAAGCUAUGUAUGAUACUUUCUCAGCUUUUGGAAGUAUUCUCAGCUGCAAAGUAGCUCAAGAUGAAACUGGCCAAAGUAAAGGUUACGGUUUUGUCCAUUUUGAAACCGAAGAAGCUGCCAACAAGUCCAUUGAAAAGGUCAAUGGUAUGUUGCUGAACGGUAAAAAAGUCUACGUGGGCCGCUUCAUUCCACGCAAAGAAAGAGAAAAGGAAUUGGGAGAGAGAGCCAAACUGUACACUAAUGUUUAUGUUAAAAACUUCGGUGAAGAUUUGUCUGAACAAGAGCUUCGAAACAUGUUCGAGAAAUUUGGAAAGAUAACCAGUUACAAGAUCAUGAGUAGAGAUGAUGGACAGUCUAAAGGAUUUGGAUUUGUUGCAUUUGAAAAUCCUGAAGAUGCUGAAGCUGCAGUGGAAGCCUUGAGUGGAAAGGAAAUUUUAGAUGGCAAACCUUUAUAUGUUGGACGUGCUCAGAAGAAAGCUGAGCGUCAACAGGAGUUGAAACGCCGCUUCGAGGCAUUAAAAAUGGAAAGAUUAAACCGUUAUCAAGGUGUCAAUUUGUAUGUUAAAAACUUGGAUGAUACUAUUGAUGAUGAUCGUCUUCGUAAAGAAUUUACACCUUUCGGGACAAUCACAUCCGCCAAAGUGAUGGUGGAAGAGGGUCGAAGCAAGGGCUUCGGUUUCGUCUGCUUUUCUUCACCAGAAGAAGCCACCAAGGCUGUCACUGAAAUGAAUGGCAGAAUUGUAGGGACCAAACCUUUAUAUGUAGCAUUAGCACAGCGAAAAGAAGACCGUAAGGCUCAUUUAACAUCCCAAUAUAUGCAGCGUGUGGCCAAUAUGCGUAUGCAACAGAUGGGACAAUUUAUGCAGCCAGGAACUUCAAAUGGUUACUUCGUAUCCGCCAUUCAGGCCUCCCAACGUUUCUACGGGCCUGCUCAAAUGACACAGAUUCGUACAAGUCCAAGAUGGCCUUCCCAAACGCCCAUGAGACAUGCUGGUCAGGGAGGUGCUGCUGUCUUUUCAGGCAUACCCAACGUAUACAGAGCUGGAUCUAGACCUCAAAAUCAAUCCUCUUCCGUACGAGGAAAUAUUGGCGUGCCUAGACCCAUCACAGGACAAACACAACCUGUUCAGGGACGCCCAUUGUCUGGACAAGGUGUUGUAACUCCUACCGGAAGUCGACCUAGCUACAAAUACACAGCCAACAUGAGAAAUCCACCACAAGCUGUACCUUUGCAAGAUGCACCUGCUCCUGUUCAACAGGCUGUCCAUAUUCAAGGUCAAGAACCACUGACCUCAACCAUGUUGGCCUCAGCUCCUCCACAGGAGCAGAAGCAGAUGUUGGGCGAAAGAUUGUUCCCUCUUAUCCAGCGCAUGUAUCCUGAUAUGGCUGGAAAGAUCACUGGAAUGUUGUUGGAAAUCGACAACACCGAAUUGUUGCAUAUGUUGGAACACAACGAAUCCCUCAAGAACAAGGUUGAGGAAGCUGUUGCUGUUCUUCAGGCUCAUCAGGCCAAGCAGGCUGCCACUCAAAUCAAGAAAGAGUGAAUAA